AUCUUAUAUAAGAUUUGAGAUAUUAUUCCAAAUAACCUUGUUAUACCUAUUUCCUCUCCAUUUAAAUAUCCUACUCUUUAUAACCUUUUCAACUCCCCUUAGCCUCACUUUUAAAACUCUUCCCUUUUUCUUUCUUUUGCAAUGGAUCAAUCUUCCACCAGCUCAGUCAGUGGAUUCUACACCUUCCUUACUCGUGGCAUAGAUGAUCUUGAACGUGUCUAUCUCUCUAAUAACUUCAUGUCAAUCCAAUUCCUUCAAAGGGUGCUUUCCCUUCUCCGAUCCUUCCAUUCCCAUCUACUCCUCCUUGUCCAAAAACUCCACCUUCCUGUUGGUGAUAAGUGGCUUGAUGAAUACAUGGAUGAAAGUUCAAAACUUUGGGAAGCUUGUCAUGUCCUUAAAUCAGGCAUCUCUGGCAUGGAAAAUUAUUAUUCUGCUGGAUUUAACAUCAUUUCUUCUCUUGGUAAUCAUCGCCAUCUUAGUCUGCAGCUCUCCAGACAGGUCAUCCGGGCAAUUUCAGGGUGCCAUAGAGAAGCUGUGGGAUUGGAAGAAGAGAACAGGGCGUUGAUGGAAACAAGAAUCCAACCACUGUCAUUAAGGUUUGACGAGAAGGUUCCUAUCGAAUCAAAGCUGAAUGGAUUCAGUGGUUUCCGAGGAGCUUUAUAUGCAAUGAGGAAUGUCAGCUCAUUGCUGUUAAUGAUCUUGCUGUACGGGCUGGUUUAUUGCUGGCCAGAAUCAAGUUUCUUAAGAGGAGGAUACGAAGGGUGUCUUUUUUUUGGAUCAGCUUUCAUGAUCUCAACAGCAAGAUUGCAGCAAAGAGUGGCAGCAGAGAUCAACCAGAUCAAUGGGAGGCCAGGGAUAUUGCUUUACGAGUUUAGGAGAUCAAAGUUGGCCAUGGAAGAGCUGAGAGGGGAACUGGAGAGGAGGUGUGGACAAGGAGGCGUGCAGGAGUGGGAAACAGAGGUGGGAGAGACAAGGGAAAGAGUGGAGAAUUUGAAAGGGUGUUUUGGGGUGUUGAGAUCUGGUGUUGAGAAUAUUGUUGGACAACUUGAUGAUUUCUUUGAUGAGAUUGUUGAAGGGAGGAAGAAGCUCUUGGACUUUUGCAGUCAUAGGUAGAGAGAGAGUAGGAUGGUUGAAAAAAAAAGAAAAAAAAGCUAGGUAGAGGAAUCAGUGUUGGGGGUUGUUGUACCUUUUAACCCUUCUCUUCCUUCUAAUUUUCCUUUUUUUUUCCGCUUAAAAAAUUUUCUUUAUUUUUUCUCUUCAUGCAUUCAUUGUUUCUACUGUGGACAUAGUAGUUUGUUUUCCCCAAAACCCAGAGACGGAAGGGGGCGGGCAAAACAGAGUAAUUUUCUCAGGCAGGGCAAACCAGCCUCCAAUUCCUCUUCGUUGUUUUUUACCCUGCAAGGAAAAAAGGGCAUAGAAGCUUCCUGUGUGUUAGUAUUUUUUUUUUUAAAUGAGGAAAAUAUCAGAGUCAAAUCCUGAAUUGUUGUUAAAUAUUCAGUAGGUAUUUUAUUUUAUUUUGAAAGUGUCUUUCCCUCUUGAUCCGAUGGUAUUUUAUACACAUGUAAAAGACUAAAAGAGGGGUGCUCUCUAGUCGUUAUAGUAAAUGACUAAUCAUUUUAGAGGUGAAAAAAAAUGAAAAAAGGGG